UUUUUGUAAGUGCUGUGUAUAUAUAGCUUGGGUUUGGGGAUUACUUUGAAUGUAGCCUAGAGUUCAUCACUAAGGCUAAGAUUUAAUCACGGGUAUUUUUAGUAGAAGUCAUGGACAGGUCACAGGCAAUAACCAAAAAGUCAUGGCAAGUGACCUGUCCGUAACUUUUACUAAAAAUACUGUUAAUUGACUCUAACUGGCUGGAGUGGAGGGGCAAUGCAUCUGGGGGUGGGUGGCAGCCCAGAGCACUGCUGAUGCUGCUACUCCUGGGAAGAGCGGGUGACAUGUGGCCCAGCUGCUGCUCCUGAGUAAAAGUGGGGGGUUGGGCGGCCCGCUGCCAUGGGACGGCCUAUGGCCCUGCCCCUACAGGCCACAGGAUAGCCUGAGGCUCCACCUCCACCCCUCUGGGACUUCUGCUUUGGCGCAGCACCUGGGAUCAGUUGCCUGGGGCCGCUGCAGUAAAGGCUGUGCGGGUCAGCCGCUGCAGUAGAGGCUGGUGUGGGUCAGCCGCUGCUGCUGUGGAAGUCGUGGAGGUCCUGGAAAGUCACAGAAUCUGUGAUCUCUGUGAAAGAUUCGCAGCCUUAUUCAUCAUGUACAGAAACAAGUGACUAAAUAAGAAGCUACAGUUGUUUGCUAACUGACAGUUAAUUAAAAUGUGUUGGAACACAACUGAAAAUUGAAAUUUAUAAAAACUCAUAAGCGUAAGAUUCCUCUUACAUGAAUUUGAGUGGGCUCUGGUAGUUUUUAUUUGAAUCAGAACUGUGACAAGAGACUCGGAGAUUCAUAGAGAUGUGUUAAUUUGUGGUGUGACUCCACUGACUUCAGAAGUCAUUGGAAUUACACCAGACAAAUGUGGCCCAUAGAAUUUAACAGCUAGAAAAGACACAUUGGAUCUGUCAGUGUACUUCAGGGGUAAGCAACCUAUGGCAUGCGUGCCAAACAUGGCACGUGAGCUGAUUUUUCAAUGGCAUUCACACUGCCCGGGUCCUGGCCACCAGUCCGAGGGGCUCUGCAUUUUAAUUUAAUUUUAAAUGAAGCUGCUUAAACAUUUUAAAAACCUUAUUUACUUUACAUAUAACAAUAGUUUAGUUAUAUAUUAUAGACAUAUAGAAAGAGACCUAAAAAUGUUAAAAUGCAUUAUUGGCACAGAAAACCUUAAAUUAGAGUGAAUAAAUGAAGACUUGGCACGCCACUGCUGAAAGGUUGCCGACCUUUAGUCUACUUCCUGGAAGUCACUAUAGGUUUUUUCUUUUCUGUAACUUUUUCAGUGUUUUAUCUGGACUAGUUUUAAAUCCUCCAAGUGUUUGGGAAAUGGUUACAGCCCCAGUAAUCUCCCUGUUAGGAAGUUUUUCUAAUAUUUGAUCUAUAGUUCUUUUUUCUUUGCAAUGUUAUCUGUGUAGUUAGCACAGUUAGUGCACAUGGGGUAAAUUGCCCAAUAAAUAAUCAGAAGAGUUAUUUUGCCCAGAAGAGUUUCCCGUGUAAAAGCACGUGCAAGUACAGAAAGGAGGUACAUAUGCUUUUUUUAUCUGGAAUACUGUAUUUCAUACACUAGCUAGGUUUUCAGAUAGAGGGGACUUAACUUGCGGUAUCAUCCCAUUACUCUUGAUUAUAAAUACAUUCUCUACCAUUCUAAACAGUUCUUACUUUUUCUCCUGUUUAGCCAUACUGAUACAUGCUUGAUUUUUAUUCUUCUCUUGAAAAAUAAUACCUCUUUCAAUUACUCAAUGCCAAAUUAAGCCCCGUAAUCAUGUUUGUUACUUUUCUCAGAAGGUUUUGAUCUUGAAGUACCAGAAUGUAACUUUUUCUUGUAUGUAUCUACACUAGCAAUGAGAUGGACUGGAUGGCCUAAAAUGUAUAUCUAAUCUCUCUAUUCCAUGUGUGCAGACACAUCAGUUUUCUGCAGACAGGGACUAUCAGCUUUUUUGCAGUGCCUCAGCAUGCAACUCAAAAUUGCUCCCCCUGUUGACCUCUGCACUGAAAUUGCAGUGUUCCUUUAAGUUGGCUGCCCAGGAAUGCAUAUGAGCAGCAUCAUACGCUUUAUUAUAAAAGUAUUCACGAUUUCCUAAUAUGAGGAACAUACACAAGCUUGAUUAUAUUGCCUAUGUGAUGCACUAGUCCAAACUGCAUCUGUGUCUCUCAUUACUACUUUGUACUCCUCCAUAUUUUUCUCUUGUCUUAUACUUAAGUAUUAUACUUAGAUUGUAAACUGCUGGGGGCAGGGACUGUCUUUCUGUGUUUGUACAGCACCUAGCACAAUGGGGUUCAGAUCCAUCACUAGGGUUUGUAGGUGCUACAGCAAAAUACAGAUGCAUAAUAUUUUCAUGUAAUGAGGACCCUAUUUAUUGCCUAGACAUUGUCCUUGCCCAUUGUUUUGGGAAUUGGCAUGUGUCAAGGUGUCUCUCGCGUCCCUUGCACCAGAGAUUUAAGGUUUAAAACAGCUCUUAAGAGCUGUGUGUGUGUGGAGGCCAAGACUAUAACAGGGUUCAAAAAAGAACUAGAUAAGUUCAUGGAGAAUAGGUCCAUCAGUGGCUAUUAGCCAGGUUGGGUAGGGAUGGUGUCCCUAGUCUCUGUUUGCCAGAAGAUGAGAAUGGGCAACAGGGGAUGGAAAACUAGAUGAUUACGUGUUCUGUUCAUUCCCUCUGGGGAACCUGGCGUUGGCCACUGUUGGAAGACAAGAUACUGGGCUAGAUGGGCCUUUGGUCUGACCCAGUAUGGCCGUUCCUAUGUGUGUAGGAGGAUUAGCUUUUAAUUGUACAUAUAUAUGUUAUCAGAUGUGCUGGUAAAGCCUUGGUAGUUCUCUGUUUGCUAUAUUUGGUCACUGAUGUUCCAGUGAUGUAUUAAAUAAGAUGUUAUAGAGUCCAAGGCCAAAAAGGAUCACUCUGGUCCUCAAGUCUGAGCUCCUUUAUAGCACAGGCCAUAUAACUUCCUCAAAAUAAUUCUCAGAUCAUAUCUUUCAGUAAAACAUCCCAUCUUCAUCUGGAAAUUGUCAGUGAUGGAGAAUACACCGACUGUAGUGAAUUAUUCCCAUGGUUAAUUACCCUCACUCAAAUAAUGUAUGCCUUAUUUCCAGUCUGGAUUUGUCUAGCUUGGUGGUCUCCAACCUUUUUAUGCCCAAGAUCACUUUUUGAAUUUAAGGGCAACCUAGGAUCUGCCUGGCCCCUUCCCCCAAGGUCCUGCCCCACUCACUCCACCCCCCUCGCUUGUCACUCACUCUCCCCCACCCUCACUCACUGUCACCAGGCUGGGGUAGGGGUUUUAGAGGGGAUGCAGGGUCUAAGCUGGGGCUGAGGAGUUCGCAAUGUGGCUAGGGACUCUGGGCUGAGCCUGGGGUUGGGAUGUAGGAGGGGAUGCGGCGUGUGGGCUCUGGGAGUGAGUUUGGGUGCAGGAAGGGGUUCCAGGCUGGGGAAGAGUGUUGGGGUGGAGGAGGGAGUAAAGGGCGCUGGCUCUGGGACGGGGCUCAGGGCUUGGGUUUGGGGUGCAGGAAGGAGUUCAGGGUGGUGGCUCAGGGCUGGGGGUUGAGGUGCAGCCUCUCACCAGGUAGCAAGCCAUGCUGAGACGGGCUCCUUGUCUGCCUCGGCCCCACGCUGCUCCCAGAAGGGACUAACAUGCCCCUGCAGCCCCUGGGAAAGGGGGACGGCACAUGGCUCAGUGCGCUGCCUUCUCUGCAAACAUUGCCCCUGCAGCUCUGUUAUCUGCAGGUCCCUGUUCCUGGCUAAUGGGAGCUGCAGGAGCAAUGCUUGCAGGCAGGAGCAGCAUGUGGAGGGUGACCCUUCCCCCCAGAACCACAGGACGCACUGGCCACUUCUGGGAGUGGCGUGGGGCCGGGGCAGGUACGGAGCCUGGCUUAGCAGCAGCCCUGCUGCACCACCAGAGAUCUUCUAGGAUCGACCAGUCGAUUGCAAUCGACUGUUCGGUGACCACUGGUCUAGCUUCAUCUUCUACCUAUUGGAUCGUAUUAUACCAUUCCUGCUAGAAUGAAGAGCCCCUUAUUAAAUAUUCUUUCUAUGUAGAUAUUGUAAUUGUCAGCCCGUAACCUUCUUUUUGUUAUACUAAAUAGAUGAGCUCUUUGUGUCUGUCACUAUAAGGCAUUUUUUCUAAUCCUGUAAUGGGUCUCAUGCCUCUUCUCUGAACCCUCUCCAAUUUAUCAACAUCCUUCUUGAAUUGUGGGCACCAGAAAUGGACACAGUAUUCCAGGAGCAGUUUAACCAGCACCAAAUACAGUGAGGUAAAACAGCCUCCUACUCAAGAUUCCCCUGUUUAUGCAUCCCAGGAUCACAUUAGUUCUUUUGGCCACAGCAUCACAUUGGGAGUUCACAUUCAGCUGAUUAUCCACUAUAACCUCCAAAUCUUUUUCAGUCACUACUUCCCAGGAUAGAGUUCCCUAUUCUACAACGAUUUGCAAGGCACUAAUAGUUCUGGAUCAUUGGGUGGUCUUGAUGUUCGCAGACGAAUCCCUAUAAAGCUCAUCUCCAAACAGCCCAACAAAACCAAACCUGCACCACGUGCUCCAAGAAUUAUGAACAGGAUGCCUUCAAAGGCACAGGCUGGUGAUGAAGAAGAAUUUGAUUAUAAUGAAGAGGAGCGGUAUGAGUGCAAAGGAGCUGACAUGUUUGGGAAUCAGAGAAGAUUCCCUGGACACAUAUUUUGGGACUUUAAGAUAAACUUGCUCGGAGAAAAGGAUGAUACUCCAGUCCAUUUCUGUGACAAGUGUGGAUUGCCUAUCAAAUUGUAUGGGCGCAUGAUACCUUGCAAGCAUGUUUUCUGUUAUGACUGUGCUAUAUUACAUGAGAAGAAGGGUGACAAGAUGUGCCCAGGCUGUAAUGAUCCUGUGCAGCGAAUUGAGCAAUGCGUGCGAGGGUCUCUCUUCAUGUGUAGCAUUGUUCAAGGGUGCAAGAGAACAUAUUUGUCUCAGAGAGACUUACAGGCUCACAUCAACCAUCGUCAUAUGAGAGCUGGAAAACCUGUUACCCGUCCUCCACUUGAACCUGUUCAUCCUCCUAUUGCCCCGCCUCCUGCUGAAAUUCCUGAGCGUUUCAUAAUGCCACCUGAUAAGCAUCAUAUGAGCCAUAUUCCACCAAAGCAGCACCUCAUGAUGCCACCACCUCCUUUGCAGCAUGUGCAACACGAGCAUUACAACCAACCGCACGAGGACAUUCGUGCACCCCCAGCAGAGAUGUCAAUGGCUCCACCACCACCACGCUCGGUCAGUCAGGAUACGUUUCGUAUUUCCACAAGAAAACACAGCAAUUUAAUAACUGUCCCUAUUCAGGAUGAUUCAAAUUCAGGUGCUCGAGAACCACCUCCGCCAGCCCCAGCACCUGCUCAUCAUCAUCCUGAAUAUCAGGGUCAACCAGUGGUAUCCCAUCCUCAUCAUAUUAUGCCUCCACAGCAACAUUAUGCACCACCCCCGCCACCACCACCACCAAUAAGCCAUCCAAUGCAACAUCCUCCCCAGGGAGCAGGUACUCCUCAUAUGGUUUAUAGCCAAGCUCCACCACCACCGAUGACCUCUGCUCCACCACCAAUAACCCCUCCCCCUGGACACAUAAUUGCCCAAAUGCCACCAUAUAUGAAUCACCCUCCUCCAGGACCUCCCCCUCCUCAACAUGGUGGCCCACCAGUAAAUGUAAAUGCACCCCCUCCCCAUCACUAUAAUCCUAACUCUUUGCCGCAGUUCAGUGAAGAUCAAGGAACUCUCAGCCCUCCUUUUACACAGCCUGGGGGAAUGAGUCCAGGGAUGUGGCCAGCUCCAAGAGGGCCUCCUCCACCCCCAAGAAUGCAAGGCCCACCUUCUCAAGCCCCACUUCCUGGACCACAUCACCCAGAUCAAACCAGAUAUAGACCAUACUACCAAUGAUAUUAACGUAAUUUGAACUGAGUAUGCUAUGGGAAGGAUAAACUAUAUACAGCAGCCUUUUAAUGAAUCUGUUUUGGGGGGUCUUUUUUCCCCUCUUUAUCCUCCUCUUCCCCCCCCCAAAUACAAUGGUUGUGACUAACACACUGUGGGGACUUGACCCUUGGUGGUUGUGUUUUUUUUUGUUUUGUUUUAAUACCUUGACCUUAGGACUCCAACUUCAGAUAUACUGUAGUGUUAAGAUAAGUGGCUCAGUAGAUAACAGCUACAUUUUUAACAGAUUUUGUGUCCCUAGUGAGGUUAAACUCUCUGAGAGAUGGUCAUUUGUAAUAUUAUUUCCUGAAAAAUUGAACACCCAUUGUACCACUCUGUUGUUUUUGUUAAGUCCAAUGUUUAGUUUUACUUGUGAUACUUUUUUGUUAACCUGUGACCAAUAAUUAAAUUUAAACAUGGUUGUAAAAA